CCUUUCCCUACUAUAUUAUACUUCACUCAUCACUUCGCGUUGGAUCCAUUCUCGCUUCACGCAUGUUCUAUUGGAAUGACCUGCUGCAUUUUACUCAAUCUUCUCGAUCAAUAAUUACGACGAUAGGCCCGGCUUGUGAUUGUUUUCGAGAACCAGUCCCCUAUUUCCUCCUGGCCCGUGGCUUCUACAUCAUUAGAGCGGGUGGAGGGGAAGAUCUGCCGGGCAUUGGGCUGCGCUGUGCACGCGCUCCACUCCCGCAUACUAGGAAGGUACGCACGCCGCAUGAUGCUGCUGCCGCCGCUGUGGUUCCCUUUCACACCUCUCAUGAUACCCGUGGACUGCUGUAUGACCCACGAGCUAAGAGAAUACCACGGGCUGUGGCCAUGGGACAUGAACCGAUGGCUUCCCAAGCUACUGCAAUGGAAACAGACCCGGCCGCAAGGCAUGCCUGUUGCACAAUCCACGGUGCUGCUGCUUCUUCUCUUCUCAUCACUUCGCGUUGUGAUUCAUGGGAACUACCUUUCAAUCACCAACACUAUCGUUACCCAGCUAACAGUCAAGACUGGCGGCACACUAUCAACCACCUUCGACUGUCUAAGUAACCUUCGAAACACAGAUCCUUGACCACGCAAGUGUGUGAAAACGAAUGAAACGACAACACUCUUGAACCGACCACGUACACAAAAUUCAAUCAUUCC